AUGACUGUCCCCCUUGCAGUGGCUUUUGAUAGCCCUGGCGAUUUUGCCAUUUUCAUUUUGAACAUACUAAUAGCUACCACGAUUGUUAUAGUCGCUGGGUCGGUAGUUAUAGCUAUACUUUGCACAAAGUCUCUUCGCACGGAAAACAGGUUCAUUUUCAUGCUGAACACAAGCAUCAGCGACGUGAUAUCGGGUUUUGCUUGGUAUUACACUGGACUUUUUGAUGUGCAGGAAUAUUAUCCACAAAGGAAUUCAACAUUGGGCAUAUUAACUUCAUUCGUGGGAGUGAACGUGCUUACUGUUCUGUUCGCACAGAUUGAUCGAUAUUUAGCCAUAGGUCACCCUUAUGUUUAUAGUCGCUACAUCACCAGGUCAGUAAUUAUUGGAAUUUGCAUUUGUUGUUGGGUUUACGUUUAUCUAACAGUCUUGGUUAAGAACGUCGUUACCUGGGAGGCAGCUAUGCAGCAAAAUGCAUAUGGUGCACUAGCUUUUCAGAUAAUAAUAACGUUUGCAAUGCUUGGAUUGAACCUUAAACUCUAUCUUAUCGCUAAAUAUCAACUUUCACGAGAUCCGCCAGGUCCGGAAACCGACAACAAGAAAGCCUCGCUGAGACUCAUUAUUGUCGUGGCAUUUUGCUUUCUUGCUCUUUGGACUCCAGUGUUCGUCAAUACCAUACUGUGUAACAUUAUGUCACCGUAUGCAUACAUAUCUAUAAAUAGUGGGACUGACCCUUUCCUUGUACUGUCCCGAGGAAACGCCAUUAGCACGCCAGCCUUGUACAUAAUGGGAAGUUCUGCUCUUAAGGAGGCUGUUCUGAGAAGAGUCUGUCGUGUGUUCCGGAAAUGUAAAAGAAGAACUGAUCCAGAGAAUGCCUUAGCAAAUCAAACCAAGGGAACGGAUCUAGCCAGACGUGGAAAGGCCGAUCUCCCCGUUUGUGUUCCGUCUUUUGUAAGAGCUGCAAACCGCAGGGAGACAGGAAAUGUUAGCAUGUUACAGAGCUUGCCAUAGCCGGAUCACUAAAGCGGGCUGGCACGCUUGGUUGAAUAGGUCUGUCCCUCU